ACUCACAUUGAGCUCACCCAAAUGUAGUGUAGAGCUUUAAAAAAACACACACAACCCACACUCUCUCUCCUCACUCCCGCAAAACCCUUAAACAACCGAGGAGGGGAGAAGAGAAUCCAAAAAAAACGAUGGAAGAAAAACGCCGUGAAGCCGGAUCUCCAUCACCGGCGGCAACAAUUUCCGGCGGAUCUUCCAUUAAAUCCGGCGAAUCUCCGGCGACUGAACCACCACCUCCUCGACGCCGAGGUCAAAAGCGCAAAUCCACAAACUCAUCAUCUGGCGCUUCAUCGGCGCCUCCAAAACGUCACGCGCGCGAGAAAGCUGCCGCCGCUGCAGCUGCAGCUUCCGGCGGAUUUUUCUCUCUCCUACCUCCGACGCACAACGGUCCGUUAACUAGAGCUCGACAGUUGUCUGACAGCAAUGCCGCCAUUUUUUCUGCGCUUAAUGCAGGUAAACAUGAGGCGUCUAUGGCGGCGGCUAAUGAUGCGGCGAUUUCUGAAGGAAGAGAAGAGGUUAAUGUUGUGAAUGAAGAGUGUAAGAAACUUCAAGCUGUGAUUGAAGCUGAGUUUGAUGAGAUUCGAACUCGUGAUUUGAGUGUACAUGUUGUUCCUGUCGCUGCUGGUUGGUUUUCAUGGAAAAACAUUCAUUUAAUUGAGAAGCACAUGCUGCAAUCCUUCUUUAAUGGGAAGAAGGAGAAUCGGACUCCAGAUACCUACAAGGAGAUACGGAAUUGGAUUCUGAAGAAGUUUCAUGCCAAUCCAAGCACAAACAUAGAAUUAAAAGAUUUGUCAGAGCUGUCUAUUGGGGAUCUAGAUGCAAGGCAAGAAAUUAUGGAGUUUCUAGAUCAUUGGGGUUUGAUUAACUACCAUCCCUUUCUUCAGAAUGACCCUGCUAAUGUUGAUGCCGAUCCAAAUACAGAUACUGCUGACAAGGCAGAGAAAAAAAAUUCGUUAAUUGAAAAGCUGUAUCAGUUUGAAAGUGAGCAAUCCUCACUGCAAUUAGUUCCCAGAGCCAACAUGUCAGCAGCGACAGUUCCUUCGGGCCUAUUCCCCGAGUCAAUUGCUGAAGAACUGGUGAAACAAGAGGGACCUGCAGUUGAGUAUCAUUGCAACUCUUGUUCUGCUGAUUGUUCUCGCAAGCGGUACCAUUGUCAGAAGCAGGCAGAUUUUGAUCUGUGUACUGAUUGCUAUAACAAUGGGAAAUUUGGCUCUGGCAUGUGCUCCUCAGACUUUAUUCUCAUGGAGCCCGCUGAGGCUUCUGGCGCAACUGGUGGGAAGUGGACUGAUCAGGAGACGCUCCUCCUUUUAGAAGCAUUGGAGCUUUAUAAAGAAAACUGGAAUGAAAUAGCUGAGCAUGUUGCAACGAAAACUAAAGCCCAAUGCAUAUUGCAUUUUCUUCAAAUGCCAAUAGAGGAUAGUUUUCUGGAUUAUGAUUAUACAAAAGAUAGUGCUCUGGAGAGUGGAGAACCAACCUCAACCAAUAAUAUCUCACCUGUUCUCAAGGAUGAUUUAGAACCCUCAGAGGGUGGCACCGUUAAAGAUAAUUCUGGGCCAGCAGAUAACGGAAGUGGCAAAGAUAACUCUGAACCAUUAGCAAACAGAAGCAAUAAAGACAAUGCAGAGCCACUGGAGAGAGAAACUGAUAGUAGUGCUGCACAACCUGUGUCUACCCAAACAGAAACCUCAAAUCUAGAGGAUACUCCGGAUGGAGAGGUGCCUCAGGGUGCCGGUGAUGACGUAGUUAUUAAGGCACUAAAGGAGGCAUUUCAUGUAGCUGGUUGGCCCCUUACUCCAGAAGACACCCUUUCUUUUGCUGAAGCGGGGAAUUCUGUGAUGGCAUUGGCUGCAUUCCUAACUCAGUUAGUCGAACCUGAUCUUGCUACUGCAUCCGCUUGUAGCUCACUAAAGACGAUUUCCCGAAGUUCUCCAGGGUCACGACUAGCCAUUAUGCACUGCUUUAUUUUGGAAGAUCCACCAGAUGAUGAGAAAGAGCAUGUUUCUGAGAGCAUGGCUGCUGAAAAUAUUGAUCAAAAUGCUUCGGAGAUGGCUAAAGAGGAUUUGAGAAAUGAAAAAGACAUCAGGAACACUGAGGAGAAGUCCAUCCCUGUAUUGGAUGAAACUCGUUCAACAGAUGGUCAGAUUCUCAAAACGAAGGAUCCUAACACAAAAGAAGAUCCACAAUUGCCCACUGGAGAGCAGGAUACAUAUGCAGACAAUUCCUCAUUCACAGAGAAGCCUACAGAUGAAGAGAUGCCCCAAGUUGCAGAAAAGACUGAAGAGAAGUCCGAAGUCAGGGAAAAGCCUGAUGAAGAGAGACCCCAAGUCACAGAAAAGCCUGAUGAAGAGAUACACCAAAACACGGAAAAGCCUGAUGAAGAGAUGCCGCAAGUCAGGGAAAAAUCUGACAAAGAGAUACCCCAAGUCACAGAAAAGCCUGAUAGUGCGAUACCCCAAGUCACGGAGAAUCCUGAUAAAGAGGUACCCCAAGUCAGGGAAAAGCCUGAUGAAGAGUUACCUAAAGUCACGGAAAAGCCUAAUGAAGAGAUACCCAAAGGCACGGAAAAGCUUGAUGAAGAGAUGCCACAAGUCGAGGAAAAGCCUGAUGAAGAGAUGCCACAAGUCAAGGAAAAACCUGAUGAAGAGAAUUCUCAAGUCACAGAACAGCGGGAUGAAGAGAAGGUGACAGUAGCAGAAAAGCAUGAUGAAGUUACUAAUACUGAGCAGCUGGGAACAAAGUCUGAGGGCGAGGCACAGAAUUGCAGCCUGCAGAAUGAGCAGUCUCCUACUACUCAGAAGGACCAAGCUACUACUGCAUCUGAAGCCAUGCCUCCGCCUGGUAAAGCAAUUGAAUCGGAGAACUUGAAGACUGCGGCAGAAAGUGUUCAGUGUACGGAUGCUCCCAAAAAUACAAACAUGGAAGCCACUCCUAUUGUUUCUGAUAAGACAGAGGAACAAGACAUAGGAGGAACAGUUCCGAUGGUGGGAGUUGCGUCAGAGGCAGGAGAGGACAAAAUGGAACUUGAUAAAAUUGGAGACCCUAAAUCUACGAAAGCGUCACGGACAAAGGAUGAAGACAGUGUAGCUAAGCUGAAGCGUGCUACUCUGGCUACUUUCUCUGCUGCUGCUGUGAAGGCCAAACUUCUUGCUAACCAGGAAGAAGAUGAAAUUAGGCAGCUAGCGACUAUGCUGAUAGAGAAGCAGCUGCGGAAGUUAGAGAUCAAGUUGAGUUAUUUCACAGAAAUGGAUAAUUCUAUCAUGAGGGUUCGAGAGCAGCUUGAACGAUCAAGGCAGAAACUGUUUAGUGAACGGGCACAAAUUAUUGCAAGUCGACUUGGAAUACCACCGACUUCAUCUAGGGGGUUGCCGUCAUCAUAUCCAAUGAACAGGAUGCCUCCCGGCCUUUUAAAUUCAAUGAUGAGGCCACCAAUGAGCUUGGGUGCUCAAAGGCCUCCCAUUUCGAGGCCUGCUGCGACUUCAGCUCCUCCGCCUCCCGCGACUUCAGCUCCUCCGCCUCCUGCGACUUCAGCUCCUCCGCCUCCCACGACAAACACAUCUGCGCUACCCGAGGUUGUAGGAGGAAGUCCAACACAGGCUUCUACCGUGCAAAACCCUUCUUCAGUCGGUACAAACUGAAUCACUAGGAACACCCCCCCCCCCCCCCUUCGGUGUCUCAACAGUUAUACUGUUGCUUAGCUUGUAAAUUACAGAGCACGAGUUUCGGUUAACAUUAUGCCUCCUUGGAUAACCCUCCUAUUCCUUGUUGUAAUAGUUCACGGAAUGGAGUCUUCUUUUUUGAAGCAUAAGAAUUUCCCCUAGGCCCUAGAUGUAGAGAUGAACAAAUACCGAGUAGCAACAAGUUCUCGAAGACUUUUCGUCGAUAGUUGUUCUCGAGGUCUUCAACUAAAAAGUUGAAGGCAUUUUUAUAGGGUAAACACACUAGGAAUUUAACUUCAUUGCUGAAAGUUUAUUCGACUGUUUUGUCUGGUAGGAAGAGGUGAUGACAAGUUUAUGUAUACGAUAUAAGAUAAAUCUCCUGUGAAUCUCCAAAGAAUUUGCUGGUCAUCCUUUUCCCUCUCGUUUCCAAAUUAGUCAGAAUACUUUCUGUAGUUCUUCCUCUCAAAUUAUUUUACCACUUUCAUCUUUAA